UGCUGUUAACAGAACAAAUGUGCUGUUAAACAGAACAAAGAUCAGUCACUCAGAAAGUCUUUGUGCAAUCUUUUGCCAGACGCCUGGCAGCUAUGAUGCAGCAACUCUUUUGGUUGUAAAGAUGAAGUUAAAGUAUAGAGAGAGGGGCAUUUCAAGCACUGUCAGAAAUCCAAAGGAACUGUGUGAAGAAUUGUGCAAUCCGAACUAGAAUCCAGUUGGGUUGUAGUGAAUUUCUGUUAAUUUUUGAAGUUACAGAUGCGUGCUCGGAACCAGACAUUGACAACCAUGCUCACUUUGAGCAGUAUACUACUUGGCAUAAAAUAAGACUUUUUAUGAAAAAUAUGUACUUAAAAUAGUUCAGGGAUCUAGUCCUGUGCAUUUGUAGAGGGCAUGUUUUAUGUAUUAAAAGCUAAGAAUUUUGGCUGUCAGUCUAGAAAACUCCUGUAUUAUUUUUUACAUAUACAGGGUAAGGAAUUCCUGUUGUACUGUUACUGUAAAUAGCAUUGUACUUUUUACAUGCCAUACUUGCAGCUGCAGCAGAAGCAGAGAUUUCUCUUGAAAUGGAAUGCUGACCCUGUGAAAAUCCCCCAAACAAUGAGACAAAUACGUCUGUGCUGGUCAGUGAAAGAACAAAGCUAACGUUCCAGAAGGACAAAGCAAACAACACCACAAAACCAAAAACCCACUUGGGUCGGCAACUCCUACCAGUGUGGGUAUAGCAGAGGAGCGACAAGGGAAAGUCAAUUUGUGCAGUUCAGUGGACCCAGCUGCAUCAUGCCCUUGCCAAGGCGUAAGUCUUCAUUCUUGGGGCAGCAGCCCUCCUCCACAACAGAAAGCAUUGGAGCCAGCAGCCGCAGGGUAAGCGUUGGGGGUGGAGGAGUUCUCUCCAGACCCCGAGGUGUCUAUGUGGGUUCUGCCCCCACUGGAGGAGUGAGCAGUCUCGGGACCCGUGUGUCCCGUAGAGCCCUGGGCAUCAGCAGUGUCUUCCUACAGGGCCUGCGUAGCUCCAGUUCAACGGUACCUUUAGCCCAGGGUCUGGAAAAAGCAAGGGGCCUGUCUUAUGAAAGCCUGAAUGGGCGCUUGGUAGAGUACAUAGAUAAAGUGAGAGCUCUAGAACAGGUCAACCAAGAGCUGGAGGAGCACAUCAGAAUCUACCUGGACAAGAAGUCCUCCAGUGUCAGCAGCUGGGGAGCACUGAGAGAGAACUGGGAAACCAUCUACCAUCAAGUGGGUGAUGCAGUCCUUGAAAAUGCUCGUCUUAUGUUGCAGACGGAGAAUGUUCAAGCCUGUGCUGAAGAUUUUAAAGACAGAUAUGAAAAUGAGCAACCAUUUAGAAAGGCAGUGGAAGAUGAAAUAAAUUCCUUAUAUAAAGUGAUUGAUGAUGCUAAUUUAACUAAAAUGGAUCUGGAGAGUCAGAUAGAAAGCAUGAAAGAAGAACUAGCUUUGCUGUCAAAGACUCAUGAAGAAGAUGUAAAAGUAUUAUAUAAACAGCUUGCUGGAUCUCAUUUGGAGGAGCUAGAUGUUCCCAUUGGAACUGGCCUAGAUGACAUACUGGAAAAAAUCAGAAUUCACUGGGAGAAGGAUAUUGAAAGAAAUCGUGCUGAGACUGGUGCCUUGCUCUAUACCAAGCAGGACACAGAAACAACACCUACUGUACGAACACAAGAGGAGGAAUUGGUAGAAUCCCUGAGAACUGAAUUCCAUGAUACAGCCUGCAAAAUACAAAGUCUGCAAGCAGAGACUGAAUCUUUAAGAACUUUGAAAAGAGGUCUGGAGAACUCCUUAUAUGACGCUAAACACUGGCAUGACAUUGAACUACAGAACCUAGGCUCUGUCAUUAACAAGCUAGAGGCAGAAAUGGGAGAAAUCAAAGCAGAAACUGAGCAGCAGCAGAGAGAUCGUGAAAAUCUGCUGUCCCACAAGCUACAGCUGGAAAAGGACAUUGCUAAAUACCACUGCCUUCUGGAUGGAGAAGCCAGCAGUUGAUUUUGAUGUUCCUUGUGCACAGAAGACAACAUUGCUGUUCAAACAAAAAGAUGUCAUUGACAACAAAUGUUCGUGGAAAGUUAAAAAAAAAAAAAUCCAAAGCAGCCUGCUUUAUUCAGUUUGAUUCAACGAUCUAAGUAGGUUGUAGCUUGAACAACUUUCUUAGAAACUCCUCACGUGAUUGCUUUGCUUACACCUUUCAAUUUGCCCAUGUUGUUAAAAUUAAAAUAAAAAGAAAGAAUAAUCAGUUUUAGUUGUUUGAAUUUUUUCCUCCAACAUUGCUUACUGCAGCUGAAAGGCAUAAGAGCACAGACCUUUUGUUUAUCCAUUACAUACUGUGAACUACCUCCUUUUGCAGUACAAAGAGUCUAUAAUACUAUCAUUUGUUUGCUGUGCAACAAGCAAAAAAAUGUAUUUUUAAAUGCAAUGGGUGGAAAUGUCUAUGUUGCAUCACAAGAUGCCUUAUUACUGUAUAAUGUAUUGUACACUAAUAAGUCUGAGGCAGAUAAAGCAUGACAAUAAUUUGUUGCAAUUAAUUUUGCAGUAAGCAGGCGGGGUCAGCAGCAGCAAGGCAAACUUUCCAUCACUGCCCUGUAAACACACCUUAAUUCUGUUCUAGAGGAAAUCUGUCCAAAGAUAAAAGAAGUUUGUU